UGCCGCCCCAAGGUGCGGCGGUGGGGGUGCUCUUCCGCUUCCGCAGAUUGCGAGUCGGCUCAUCGCCCCCUCUACUAUUCCCCAUUCCCCCCAAUUCUGAAUCCGAUCGAGAGUGUGCUCAAGCUUCCACCGCCCUGGUUGCAUCCGCCGCUUCCCCUACUCGGUUGAAAGCUUCAGUAAUUCAUCUGGUCAGCACAAGUGAUUUGUGUACAAUCUACAUCAAGCUCUUCGGAAAUUGCUAGGUCACUUCAAUCUGAUUUCUGGAGCGAUGCAUUGUGCUAAAAAGGCAAAGGUGGAAUCACAAUCAGCUGAGAGUUUAGAUAGACUCAGCAGCCUACCUCCAGAGCUAAAAGUCGCCAUCCUCUCGAAGUUGAAUGUCGUAGAUGCUAUUAGAGCCAGCAUCCUAUCAAGUGCUUGGAGGAAUGUGGCAACUUAUUCUGUUCGAUACGUAUCGCAUCUCAGGCACAUUACGGUCCAAAUUUACUACACUGGUAGAUCUGUCACUGUUGCUCCACAAUGGACCUCUAGUUUCGUUUUCAAUUUGAUGUUUGAGGAGUUACCUUAAUGCAUAUGAUAGGUGGAUGCACAUGCUGUCAAGGAAAAAACCAAGUUCCAUCACAAUCGAGUUUUCCUGUGGGAAUUAUUAUAAGAUUCCAUCGUGCCUCUUCUCUAUCAGUGAUUUGGAAUAUCUACGGAUAGAAAGAUGCAUCAUCAGCUUGCCUCGGCAGUUUGAAGGUUUUAAGCAGCUAACUGUUCUGAAUCUGAAAUAUUUCUCCUCAACAGACAGUGACAUAAAUAAUCUGAUCUCCUCAUGCCCUCGGCUGAAUACAUUGCGUUUGAAAUAUUUUAAGGGUAUCAAUCGUCUCCGAAUUCAAGCUCAGGCAGUACAGGUUUUAGAGGUUAAAGGGUCCUUUGAAGACUUUCAUCUGCAUGCACCUAACCUGUCCAAUGUGUAUGUUACACUCAACAAAACAAAAGUUGCAGACAGGAGUAAAAACUAUAUGAUGCAAGCUUUUGUGAGCCUAACUGGAAUAGAAGCACUUGUUAUGAAAAGAUGUAUGGUUGCGUUGCCUCAGACGUUUGAAGGUUUCAAGCGGCUAUCUGUCUUGAAUCUGAAAUAUAUAUACUCAACAGACGCUGACAUAGCAAAUCUGAUCUCCUCAUGCCCAUGGCUGAAAACACUGCAUUUGAAAUAUUUUGAGGGUAUCAGUUGUCUCCGUAUUCAAGCUCCGGCACUGCAGCAUUUAGAGGUUCAAGGGAAUUUCGAAGACUUGCAUCUGCAUGCACCUAAUCUGUUGUAUCUUACACUCGACAAAACAGAAACAGAACAAUGUGAUGCUGUUGCGGGUGACAAGAAAAAUUAUCCCAAGGAAGCUUUUGUCAGCCUAACUAGUAUAGAACUUUCUAUAAAUGGCCCUUCCUUGACGUAUCUAUCGGAAGGGUGCUUGUUGACCAAACCCCCAGGCGUGCUUGAUCGUCUGAGGAAGGUUAGUAUUGGGGAGUGCUUUUGGCACUGGACAGGUCUUGGGUGCUUGUUCAAUUUUUCGGAAUGCCCCUAUGUUGAGAGAACUCGAGAUACAGAGCUUCUCUCGACCGGACGAUUCUUGGAGUCAGCCAAUAUGGGAUCAUGAUCAGACGGAGAUCAAAGAGCCUACCUUGCAUCACCUCCUGACGGCGACGAUCACCGGUUUCGUGGGGCUGGAAUACGAGGUUGAUCUCGUUAGGCUGCUCCUGAGAUGGUCACCUGCAUUGGAGGAACUGAAGGUGGUCAGGGACGACGAGGAUGUCCUGAACGAUGCGUGCAUGUGCGAGUCUCUUACCAAGUUACUGGCUCUCCCGAGGGCUUCUACCAAAGCCAAGAUCAUUGCCAUCUGAUCUGAUCCUUUAUACAGCUAUAUACCUCAUGUUAUUGGCGUAUUGAUGUUGCUCGUGGCAGAAGUAGUGUUUGCUAGUGAGAAUGUGUUGUCCUGGGAUGUUGGGAGUUAUGCUUGCGUUAAAUCUGAAUCUUUUUGUUGUCUUUGAAUUCAGUCUGUUUUUCUCAUUCAAA